AGGAAUCUUGAAAUUGUCUCCGCGUAAAAAGGAGAAGAGAAGAGGGAGUCGUUGUUGGUGUUGGUAAGGAAAGAGGUUAAAGGACCAGGAAUAUCCAUCCAGGAAGACGUUACCCGCCACCAGUCUCUCCCUCUCUGUCCACGCGUCCUUUUCCCAACCUUCCCUGCUCUCACUCUCUGUGCGCCCUUAAUUUUGGCACGCACGCUGUGUCUUCUCACCUUCCAAUUUCUGUUUCCUCCCUCCCCUUUUCUUCUCCUCUUUGGUUUUCUUUUCCUCCUCUCUCUCUCUCUCUCUCUCUCUCUCUGCGCAUUGCGUUGGUUCGUUGGUUGGUCGGUUGCUUGGAUGGUUGGGUCAAAUUAACCUCUGCUUUUCUUUGCAGCAUCAGAUUCGCGUUGCUUUGAAGUCAGCUUGUUUGGUGCUUUUACCAAAUUAUGAACUUUUUACUUUUUCUUGAGAAUCAACCUAUUAGAAAGUUGGGUUCUUUUUCUUCCCUUCAAUACAGGAACCUCUUGUAGAAUUUCAGGUGCCUUUUGUUUUCUUUAUAAUUUUUUGCCUCCUGGAAUGGAAUGUUUUCCUUGUAUUCUUGACUUGCUUUUAUAUUUCAAUCUUUCCUAGUCGGCUCUCUUGAUUUAUCGUCUGCCAGCAAAUUUAGGUUUCUUGGUACCAUCAAGCUCGCGUUCUAUUUCUAUCUCUUAGCUGCAAACGAUGGCUUUGAAUCUCUCUCGUGGCUCAAUCUUGCCUACGUAUCCUUCUUCUGUUUGGUACUCUAAUGGUUAUGUGAUGGAUCAAUACAAAGAAAAUAAUUUGGAUGGUGUUUGUGAUGAUUCGUCAAGUUCUUGGGGUUUCAAUUUGGAUUUGAGGAAUACCCAUUGGGGAACUGAAUUGGGUGGCUAUUGUGACCAUUCUGCUGAUGAUAUUGUGGAUCGGUUGCCUGUUGAUCCUUUUGGAAUGGGGAUAAGGUCUACUUUUACUGCUAUCACGGGUUGGCUUCAAGGUUUUGAAAAGGAACACGAAUCUUAUGGCUCUGGGUUGCAUGAAGCAUUUGAUGGUGGAUUAUUGGCAGGUUUCAAUUGGGCUUGGAAUAGUGCUGUGAUGUUUCAGCCGGAAGUUUGUGACCUGAGAUUUGAUGGAAUAUCAAUUCCAUAUGAUAGCUUUGAUGAGUAUGGGAUCAAUGAUGGAGGUUUCGUGUUGGAUGGCAAUGUGGAGGAGUUUCUGAGUUUUAGCGGGAACUUGGAUUUUUGUGAUGGAGCUAAGGAACUGCAAGUUGAAACUAAGGAAAUACAAGGUUGUAGCAUUAUGCAUCCUAAUAGUGAGGGGAGUGCUCCACAUGAUGCUAUAUUUUAUGCGUUGAGUUUUCUUGGUGUUAAGGACCUUCUUUCAGUUGAAAAGGUUUGUAGGUCUUUUCGUGAUUCAGUUAGAAGUGACCCUCUUCUAUGGAGGAGUAUUGUCAUUGAUUGGCCGUUGAAUGAGAUCGUCACUGAUGAUGUUCUUAUAAAGUUAACUGACAGGGCUCAAGGCACUCUUCAAGCCUUGACUCUAGUGCAUUGUGUCCAUAUCACUGACUUUGGGCUGCAGCGUGUGUUUGACCGAAACCCAAAGCUGACAAAGUUAAGUGUUCCAGGAUGUCUUAAAAUAAGUGUUGAGGACAUCUUGUUAAACUUAUGGACCUUGAAGUCUGCAGGCAAACCUGGAAUAAAGCAGUUAAGAAUUGGUGGUCUCUCUGGUAUAACAGAGAUGCAGUUUGAAGAGUUGAAAUUCUUGCUUGGUGCAGAUAACUGUGUUCAGUUUAGAGCACCAAAACCACGGUUUUUUCAUGGUGGGCUGUCACAUCUCUCUUGUGAUGAUGAUUGUGCCAUCGACGUUGAAGUGUGCCCCAGGUGCCAGAAACUAAGUUUAGUUUAUGAUUGUCCAGCAAAGAGUUGCCAAGGGAAACAUCAUGCUGAUCAGAUGUGCAGGGCUUGCACGCUCUGCAUAGCUCGCUGUAUUAGUUGUGGGUGCUGCCUUCAAGACACUGAUUAUGAGGAAACAUUUUGUCUAGACUUGCUCUGUAUGGUUUGUUUGGAGAAAAUACUCAAAUGUAGGCAUGGAGAAAAGGGUGCUCCCACGUGUGCCUUUUUUUGUCAGGAGAACAGGUAUCAAUUUUGCCUUAUUGGCUAAUGGAAAGACAUUGCAUAUUCGUUUGCUGUUGGUUGUGGAUUAGAAUCUACAAGGGUGGUUGGCUGUUCAGAAAUGGGCACAAGCUAUUUAAUGCAUGCUUGGUUGCCACAGUAAGGAGUUGUAUUACCAUGAGGAACUUGCAGCUUGUGAAGCUGGAGAUAAUCUCCGGAGGACCGGAGGAAGGAAAAGGGAAAUGAAAAAAAAAAAAUGAAAAAAUGAAAAGAAAAAAACACAGAAAAAAAGGAGGGAAGAAUAGAGAGAUGAGAAGAGGUUACAACAGAAAGGUUGAUUGAAAUAGGGAAAAGUAAAAAGAAAGGUGAGGUAAAAUAUAUCAGAGGUUGAGAAGUUUGGCUUGAACAUGUUUAGUUAGCUCAUGCCAAGUGGUUCCUGUCCUGGAGGGAGACUUACCAACAACCCCAAGGACCAAAGGACAAUGAAGAAAAUUUAGUAGGGGAAGUGGAGCAGUUGAUUGUUAGUGGAAGUGGGGAAAUCAUCAUCAAAGUCGAGUAAAAUUUUUUGGGUGCAGAAGAAGAGCAGCAGCCAUUUAUGGGGGGUCAAGCAGAAAGUUAUGGGAGAGCUGUUGGAGCACUGAUCUGUUUGUCAUAUACCAAGUUUGUGGAAUCUUGUUUUUAAGCAAAUAAUCAAUAAAUAAGUUGUAUCCAUUUAUAAAAUAUAAACCAAUUUUGUUUUUUUUA